CCUUUUUCCCCUCCCACCUUUUUCUCCUCCCGCCCUUCCCCUCCCUCCACCCACUUGGACUCUCCUCCCUUCGCCACCUUCCUUCUCUUACUCACAGACAAAUACACACUCUCCGUCCCACACCCCAGGGUUGGCGGGUCCUCCUUCCCACCCCGCCCCUAUGCUCCUCAGCCUGCCUGGGGCCCUUCCCCCACCGCUCCGAGACUGACUCUAAUUUCCACCAAUCAACGGGCAGGAAUGACCGGCAUUCAGCCAAUCAUGAUCCUGCACUGGGAGGGCUCAUACGAACCCAGACGGGGUGGAGGGAGGGAAGAGAGGUUGUAGACGGGAAGGGUUAUCAGCCAAUUAGAGCAGAACCCGGAGCCCACCGGCCGCUCGAUGCAUAACUGGGCAGGCGCAAAACUAAUACUAGGCAGCACAAGAAGAGCUUAUCUGCAUAUGAAGGCGGGGUUUGGGGAAAAGAGCGGAGCGCUAGGAGUGACCUACACCGCUCUAACCCCGCCCACUCUCAACCCACAAAGGAAACGGCUGCAGCCAGGACUGGCUGAUUGGGUAAGAGCCCGCCCGUCGUUCUGUCUUGAUUGGCUCAAAGGUUCUUUUCGAAGUUCGCAGCAUCCAACCGAAAAGUGGGGGGCGGAGUUGAAGUGCCAACCGAAGGGUUACUCCGCGAGACUUACAUGGAAAGUAGUCCCAUAACCCAAGAUAGAAGCUGGUUUUUCUGGCCAAUGGGUCACCCUCAGCUAUCGGUGGCUUCUCGCUCAGUGCAGGCAGCGAGUCCGCUUCCUGCGACAGCGAGGUAGAGGCUUGGGAGAGUUGGAGGUGCAAGUGGACACGUGCGGCUGGUUGCCGGCGUAGAGAUCUGUGGGGCUACGCUCUGACGCUGAGGAGGCGGGGUCGGCGAUUUGAAUUCAGCGGCGGGGGAUCGCGGAGCGGCUGGAGGUGAGUGUUUAGGUAGAGGGGAACCUCCCCGGUUGUGGUGUCGGGCGGCGGGGAACCCUGAGGUGGGCAGGAGCCAGAGAGAAGAACGGCGGAGCAGCCGUUUACGAGCUACUGCUCAGCCCCGGUGGCUGCCAGCUUAGCGAGCAACAGUUGAUUUCCCAAGCCGAACCUUCAGGCACGUAGAGCCGAGGUCAAGAAACUUGAAGAGAUAGAGACAUCGUACCAGGCCUUCCCCCCAGUUUUGCUGACACCGUCUCUCGUGUGCUGCAGAGAUUUCAAUAUAAACCGAAGCGACAGGAAAUCAAAGUUGCGGGAGUGAGAGAUGGAUACCAGUUUAAAAGGCAAGGAGCUCCUUGAAACGAAGGACAAAGAGUCUGCUAUUAACAAUGCUGAAAAUACCUCUUUCAUGUUGGGAAAUGGGGAGCUUGUAACUCCUCAGAAACAUGAAGCAGAAGUGACGCCUAAUCUUUGCAGACCAGACAUAUUUAAAUCACCUUUGAACUUUUCCACUGUAACUGUAGAGCAAUUGGGAAUUACACCUGAAAGCUUUGUUAAGAACACUCCAGGAAAGCCAUCAUCUUAUCUUAAAAAAUCUAGACGGCGUUCUACAAUUGGUGCUCGGGGCUCUCCUGAAACAAACCAUUUGAUUCGUUUCAUUGCUCAGCAGCGAAAUUUAAAGAAUGCACAGAAAUCUUCUUUGGCACAGAAUUCCCCUUUUCAGGGCAGUCCUCUACUGUAUCGAAAUGUUAAUUCAUUAAGAGAGCAAAUAUCUGCCUUCCAGACAGCUUUUCACUCCAUAAAGGAAAAUGAGAAAAUGGCUGACUGCCCUGAAUUUUCAGAGGCAGAGAGAGAGUUCGAGACCGCAGACUUCAGUAUCAAAAAAGACGGUGUUAGUGUCCAGCAGCAGUCUGGCUUCUCUGCGAAGCUACCAUCCAAACGUCGGAGAAUAUCCUAUCAGAGCAACUCUGAUGAAAAUCUGACUGAUGCUGAAAAAAAAGGAAAUGAUCUCCAGUUGUUCAAUACUGAUACUUUUCCCAGUACAGCUAGAACGUGCUCUGUUGAGACUUCACCUGCAGAUCUUUCUGAGAAAUCUGGACCUGGUUUAUCACAGCCUGGGUGGUUAGUUGAAGAGUGUCUUCCACUUUCAGAUCUCGCAGAGGCUCCAAGUGGAAUCAAGCUUGCUGACCAUGUAGAGGGCAAAGGAUCAUGUGGUGCUGUUUCACAGAAAAAGCCGUUGGAGGACAGACUGAGGGAAGCAGUGAACACAGACACAGCUCCUGACGUCAGGUCACCAGUUACUUCAGUAUGCAAGAAGGACAUUGCAUCCUCUGAGACCUUUGCACUUCGUUCAGUUCUGAAAAAACCCUCUGUUAGGUUGUUUCCAGAAAGCUUACAGGAGCACUGUGACAACCUCUGUGAUGAUGGGACUCAUCCAAGCUUCAUCUCAAAUCUUAGAAACGAUUGCAAAGAACAAAAAGCAGAACAUCAAGAAAAUCAUAAAGUACCAGCCUUUCUAAAUGUAAGGAAGAGGAAGAGAGUUACUUUUGGAGAGGACCUAAGCCCUGAAGUGUUUGAUGAAUCAUUGCCAGCAAAUACUCCAUUGCAAAAAGGAGGAACACCUGUUCGUAAAAAGGAUUUGAGUGGUACCAUCCCUCUGGGACUUGAGCACUCACCAGUUCCUGAGCAGUUACCUCAACCAAAUUUUGAUGACAAGGGGGAGAAUCUUGAAAACAUAGAACCACUUCAGGUGUCGUUGGCAGUUCCGAGUCCUCCUAGUAAGUCUUCAGGGUCUGAGACUCUUUCAGGCAUUGAUACAUUUAGCUCUUCAAAUAACCAGGAGAAUACAUCUUCCUAUAAAGGUGGUAGAAUAACACGUACCUCUAACAGAAGAAAUCAAUUGACUAGUUUUGCAGAAGAGAGUGUUUGCAACGUAUUUAAUACUGAAGCCCAGCAUUGUAAAGAAAAGAAAAUUAACAGGAGAAAGUCUCAAGAAACCAAGCACACCGACAGAGGACUUCCUAAAAAGAAUCAGGUUUUAAAAAGUGGCAGAAAGAAGAAAGGAAAGGGCAAGAAUGUUAAGAAAUCUUUGUAUGGGGAAAGAGAAAUUGCUUCUAAAAAACCUCUGCUGAGUCCUAUUCCUGAGAUUCCAGAGAUCUCUGAGAUGACACCUUCAGUUCGGAGGAUAUAUUCAGAUAAUUUCAACUCAAAUGGCAAACUUGAAGAAGUGCUGAAGCCUAAAAAUCUCACUAGAAGAAAAACUCUUUUGACUCAGAUGCCAGAAGACUUGCAUAUGAAUCAAAGUUUUGAUAAGUGUGAUGUGUCUGAAUUCUGCAACUCUUACAUAAAAAGUUCCUCAUUGCUUGGUAAUGCCACUUUUGAUCAAGAUUCAAAUAUAAAUACUGUAGGAGUUAAUGAAAAUGAAAAUAUUCCAAAAGCAGAAAAUCAACUGGAAAGUGAAAAUGAACUAAAAACUGAGGCUGGGAAUGAAAACAGUCGGAUUUCUUGUGCUUCUGUGACUGAAGAAUACGUUUUAUCAGAUUAUCCACAAACAGGUUUUAUCCUGCAGCCCCAGGAGUUUGCUGCUGGUCAAAAUGUGGAAAACCGUUGUCGAGUCUUUAAAAUUUCAGAAGAUCUAAGCAUAAAGUGUGAAAGACCGGAUGACUUCUCAGUAGCAAUAGAGGAAAAACCUAAAUCCAGUGGUUUAAUGUCUGACUCACAGAAAGAAGAUGUCUUCAUUGAAAAUAUAAAAAAAACUGACGGUCAAUGUGAGAAUUUGGCGAAAAAAUCCCUAGAAAAUAGUAGUGAAAUGACUUGUAAAGAAAGGAAACAUAGAAGACGCUCCAUGUGUUAUCCUGGUGGUCAGAGUUCACACUUGGAAAAAAAUGGAAGUCACAAAAAUACCAACAGGGUGAGCAGCUCUGGAGGAAUUAAUUUAGAAAAUUCUGAAUUAUAUCAAGAUUUAUCUGACGCUAUAGAGCAAACCUUUAAGAGAACAAAUAAUGAAAUAAAAGUGAGACGUAGCACGAGGCUACAGAAAGAUUUGGAAAAUGAAGGACUUACAUGGAUUUCCCUUCCACUUCCUUCCACUUCCUGCACUUCUCAGAAAACUAAAAGGAGAACAAUAUGUACAUUUGACAGCAGAGGACGUGAAAGUUUGUCUUCCAGAGAGGAAACUGUUACCUCCAAACAAAAACCGGGUAUGCCGUCCUCAUCAGGUAAAGAAAACAGUGAGGGCCCUGCUGCUAAUUCUGCUCAUCUACUUGGCAAGAGAAGGAUGAGCUUCUGUACAUCUAUACUUGGAAAUACUAAAAAUACUACUCAGUCAGAAUGCUACAGAAGAAGAUCCUUUCUCAACCAGAAGGAAAAAAGCUCUCUAAAUGACUGAAGGAAUUGGCUGUGUCGGAGAACAACUGGCAUUUCCCGCAGAACAUUUGGCAAGAGAGAAGGUAACCACCCAUGUUUAAAAGAUUCUUUCAUUCUAGGUCCCGUUCUUUGUUCAACAUCAAUGUUUUAAAAGUUUGAAAUAAAUAAAAUCAUUUGAGUUGAACCUAAUUUUAAGUGGAAAUAAGUGGUUUUCUUCAUCAUCCAGAAAGAAAACACUAUUAAUAUGUUCUUGUCUCCCCCAAUGGCAAAUGCCUUAUUAGUGUCUUGCAAAAAGGAGUUUUUUUUUUUUUAAGAUCCAAUGCUAUGUCUCUUAAUUUUUAUUUCAUGCGAGCGGUGCAUAUUUACCACUGUUUCGAAAGCCUCUGUUACACUAUACAAAGGUUCUUUUAGAAUUGGCUGAUUAAAUCUGGAUAUGAAGAGUUUAAAAAAAAUUUUUUUUAAAGACAAAUUAAUGUACUUAAUGGGACUUUAUGAAAAUUGAAGGCAAUAUAAUCUUGAAUACUGAAAGAAAGUAGAGUAAGAUGUGUGUUUAUUUUAAAUACAGCAAAAAAAAAACUGGUUAAAAAGACUUUGACAAUUGGUAGGAAAAAUGGAAAUUAUAAAACUUGUUUUCCCUUUGGGUUAAAGUUAAGAGAAGCUUUGAUGAAUUGCUUUACCAGUGUUAAAUGAAAAUUUCAUUUUAAUAGUUAAAGUCUUAAACAUGAAAUCUCUGAAAAUUCUUUUAGUAACCAGAAUUUCAUAAAUCCAUCACUAUAAAAUGAAUAUGUGAUUUAUAAGUAACUCAAAUGUGAAAACAUUCUUUCCUUCAAAAAAGAUUCCUGUAUGCUUUGUGGUGCAGGGAUGGGGCUUGGUUGGUGGUGAAAAUAUAGCAGUUUUGUUAUCAGAUUAUUCAGGUUGGUCACAGGUAACUCAGGAUUCUAUUCAUGGUUCUCUAAAAAAGAAGAGCAGAAACGUGCUUGAAGGUGCCCUAGAAAACUAGUUAACUAGCAUGAAGGAUGGUGAUGGGUUACUGAUUUUUUUUUUUUAAUGGCAUUUUCCAACAGUGCUAACUUUUUAUUUCGUCAUAUCAGAUACUAUCGCUUGUUUCAGCUUUUCGAAAAUAUUUCCUAUAGUUAUUUUGGUGAUAGCUGUUUUGAAAUCUAAAUUGCUAUAUAUCUUGAACUUGUGAAUGUGCAUAAAUCAUUGUAUCAUUAAACAGUUGUCUUUGAAAUCCUUUAAAUCAUCAAACUCCCCAUCUCCAUGAUAGCAGAAACAUGUUAACAAAUAGAGCUCCCUAUAAAUAACACAACAGGGAAGAAAGCUCCUGCUGAGUUGCCCAUUUUCCCCUCCUUAGAUAGAGACUAUUUGUUACCUUCUUGGCACCAGCAGGUCUGGAACUCCUGCUGCUACGGACUAAUGUAUUUUACAUUAACACUCAAAGUGAUCCCCAAUUUCUUCACUAAAGGGUGGAUUGUUUAAAAGAUUCCUUUUAUCUUUAUACGUAAAUUAUUUAUGGACUCCCUCCCACCCCUUUAUAAUUUAGUGUGGUUGGCAAAUCCGUAUCACUGAAAACAAAACAAAAAAAGAGCUAAUUAACUUCUUGUGAAGACUUUAGUUCUUAAAACUAGAAAGAAAACAAAAGGAAAAAAGAUCAGAAAUGGAAGCCUUUAAAAGUGGAGUUUUUUUUUAAGUUUUUGUACUUGCCUUCUUUAACAUGAAAGCUAAAAAUAAACUUUAUUGCUUAUUUCUCCCCUUUUUACUAUAUGACAAAAUGUUAUUUGUAUUUUUAAAAUUGUACAUACUUUGCUUUAUUUAUCAAAAAGUGCCAAUGAGGACAAGAGAAACAUUCUGAUCUGUGAUUUUGGUGUGAUAAAUCAACUAUAAAAGUAUUCUAUCUUCUAGCAGAUGGAGCUAAAAAAGAAAAUAUACACUUUAUACGUUCUGUUGGCUUCAAAAUGUAUCAUUAAAAUAUUUUGUUGAUGUCUGCCACUAACGAAUAGGCAGUGUUCCUAAAAUGAACAGGUCUGUAAUUGUUUCUCAUUAGUGCUUAAACCAAAAACUUGACUUCAAAAUAGUUUUUUCCUACCUUACCGUUUUUACUGCAGUAACCUCUGACGUUUUGCCAUAGAAAGUUUCGUGAUCCCAUCAUCUUUUUUGCUGGUGUAGAUUCUUGUUUGUUCCAGAAGAUGGCAGCAAGGCACCUGAAGUUCUUUCUUCCCAUAUGCGUACCCACAAAGCCAGGGCAGCUCUGAAUUGUUGCAUGUGCUUCCCGUUAACUUUUAUGUUUACUCAUUUUUAUUAUAAAAGUAAUAUGUAUUUAUGGGGGCGGAGGAAGGAACAGAACUGUACAAAAGUAGAAAAACUGACGCUCCAUGCAAUCAUCGUGCAGCCGCACCGUCUUCUCCUCAUCCUGAGCGUCCUAUGUAUAGACACUGUUAACAACUGGCUUGUAUUUUCCAGACCUGUGUACACACGAAUAUUAGUUUUGUUGCUUUUUUAUGGCAUCACUGUAUGUGCCAUUCUGUGCCUUGAUUUUUUUUUAAUUCAACAAAAUACCAGGAAUAUCCUUCCGUCUUACCAUGGGGCACUCGAAUGACAGUUCAGUCUUUAAGUGUAUAAAUUGAAUUAUAUGAAUAUGUGCUUUGGAUAUCUGUAAUUCAGUUAGCUGUCUUCUCACUAAUGGAUACUAGUUGUCUCCGGUUAUUUACUAUGGAAAAUUAUGCUACAUUGGGGCUUGUGAGAAAAAGUCUAUAAGAUCAGUUCUUUGAAAAUAAAAUGGUUACUAAGUUCUCUUCCAUAGGUCUUACCUGGCAAAUCUCCCUUAUAAACACUUAAGUGCGGUUUAUAGAGGUAUAAUUUACCUACAAUAAAAUUUACCCUUUUUAAGUAUAUGGUUUGAAUUUUGGCAAAUGUAUAUAUAUGCUCAUGUAACCACCAACACAGUCAAGUAAUAAAACUUUUGCAUCAUCCCAAAAGUUCUUUCCUGCAGUCAACCCCUCUCCCUGACCUACAACCCUUCGCAACCACUGACAUGAUUUCUGUCCUUAUAGUUUUUGCCCUUUCCAGAAUGCCAUAUA